AUGGCCGGCCUUCUCAAGAAACCGUUCAAGCUCGCGCUGAUCCAACUGGCAUCAGGUGGUGACAAAGCUGCCAAUCUAGCCCAUGCAAGAUCCAAAGUGGUCGAAGCAGCGAAAGCUGGCGCCUCCAUGAUCGUUCUCCCCGAAUGCUUUAACUCUCCAUAUGGUUGUCAAUAUUUCCCCAAAUACGCCGAGACCAUUCUUCCUUCGCCUCCUUCGAAAGAGAAGUCGCCCUCGUGGCAUAUGCUAUCCUCCGUUGCGGCAGAGACGAAGACAUAUCUGGUUGGUGGCAGCAUACCGGAAUACGUACCGGAGACAAAAGAAUACUUCAACACUUCGUUGGUCUUUGGACCCUCGGGCAAGCUUCUGGCAACCCAUCGCAAGGUGCACCUGUUCGACAUCGACAUUCCUGGGAAGAUCAAGUUCAAAGAAAGUGAUGUACUAUCACCAGGGAACAAAGUGACAAUAAUCGAUCUGCCAGAUUACGGUAAGAUUGGCCUCGCGAUAUGCUACGACGUUCGCUUCCCGGAACUCGCCAUGAUUGCAGCAAGGAAAGAUGCUUUCAUGUUCGUCUAUCCCGGAGCCUUCAAUACCACCACCGGACCCAUGCAUUGGUCUUUGCAAGCUCGCGCAAGAGCGAUGGAUAAUCAGAUCUUUGUAGCCAUGUGCAGCCCGGCCAGGGACAUGGAGGCAUCGUACCACGCCUAUGGACACUCCAUGGUGGUCAACCCGAAUGCCGAGGUUCUGACGGAAGCGGAGGAGCAUGAAGAUAUUGUCUAUGCCGAGAUUGACGGCUCAAAGAUCGAAGAGACGAGGAAAGGCAUUCCAAUCUACACUCAAAGGAGGUUCGACGUCUAUCCCGACGUCAGCACAGGAAAGGUGCGAUUCGAGGAUGAAAGCAGUGGAGUUCAGUCGUAG